AGGUGGUGGUGGUUUCAGCACGAGAGACCAAAUAAGAAGAAAGCUGAGAGAGGGGGGAACCGUUUUUGGAUGACAAAGGAUGGGUUUCCGUUUAAUUACGCAGCUGAGAGGCAUGCGUGUGGUGCUAGUGCUACUUCCUACACUGCUGCUUGUUAUGCUCACGGGGGCUCAGAGAGCUUGCCCAAAGAACUGCAGAUGUGAUGGCAAAAUUGUAUACUGUGAGUCUCAUGCUUUCGCAGAUAUCCCUGAGAACAUUUCUGGAGGGUCACAAGGCUUAUCAUUAAGGUUCAACAGCAUUCAGAAACUCAAAUCCAAUCAGUUUGCUGGCCUUAACCAGCUUAUAUGGCUUUAUCUUGACCAUAAUUACAUUAGCUCAGUGGAUGAAGAUGCCUUUCAAGGGAUCCGUAGACUGAAAGAAUUAAUUCUAAGCUCCAACAAAAUUACCUAUCUGCACAAUAAAACAUUUCACCCAGUUCCCAAUCUCCGCAAUCUGGAUCUCUCCUACAAUAAACUUCAGACAUUGCAAUCGGAACAAUUUAAAGGUCUUCGGAAACUCAUCAUUUUGCACUUGAGAUCUAACUCAUUAAAGACUGUGCCGAUAAGAGUGUUUCAAGACUGUCGAAAUCUUGACUUUCUGGAUUUGGGUUAUAAUCGUCUUCGAAGCUUGUCCCGAAAUGCUUUUGCUGGCCUCUUGAAGUUGAAGGAGCUCCACUUGGAGCACAAUCAGUUUUCCAAGAUCAAUUUUGCUCAUUUUCCACGUCUCUUCAAUCUCCGUUCAAUUUACUUACAGUGGAACAGGAUUCGUUCCAUUAGCCAAGGCUUGACAUGGACUUGGAGUUCCUUACACAACUUGGAUUUAUCAGGGAAUGACAUCCAAGGAAUUGAGCCGGGCACAUUUAAAUGUCUACCCAAUUUGCAAAAAUUGAAUUUGGAUUCCAACAAGCUUACCAACAUCUCACAGGAAACUGUCAAUGCGUGGAUAUCAUUAAUAUCCAUCACUUUGUCUGGAAAUAUGUGGGAAUGCAGUCGGAGCAUUUGUCCUCUAUUUUAUUGGCUUAAGAAUUUCAAAGGAAAUAAGGAAAGCACCAUGAUAUGUGCAGGACCUAAGCAUAUCCAGGGGGAGAAGGUUAGUGAUGCAGUGGAAACCUAUAAUAUCUGCUCUGAAGUUCAGGUGGUCAACACAGAAAAAUCACACCUGGUACCCCAAACACCCCAGAAGCCUCUGAUUAUCCCUAAACCUACAUUUUCCAAAUCUGACCCCACCCAGCCCACCCUUGAAACACCAAGCCCUUCCCCAGGGUUUCAGAUUCCUGGCACAGAGCAAGAGUAUGAGCAUGUUUCCUUUCACAAAAUUAUUGCAGGGAGUGUGGCUCUGUUUCUCUCAGUGGCCAUGAUCCUCUUGGUAAUCUAUGUGUCUUGGAAACGCUACCCAGCCAGCAUGAAACAACUUCAGCAACAUUCUCUUAUGAAGCGGCGGCGGAAAAAGACCAGAGAGUCUGAAAGACAAAUGAAUUCCCCUUUACAGGAGUAUUAUGUGGACUACAAGCCUACAAACUCUGAGACCAUGGAUAUAUCCGUUAAUGGAUCUGGGCCCUGCACAUAUACCAUCUCUGGCUCCAGGGAAUGCGAGAUCCCCCACCACGUGAAGCCCUUGCCCUAUUACAGCUACGACCAGCCUGUGAUCGGCUACUGCCAGGCUCACCAGCCGCUCCGCGUCAACAAGGGCUACGAAGCAGUGUCUCCGGAGCAGGACGAAACCCCCAGCCUGGAGCUCGGGCGCGACCACAGCUUCAUCGCCACCAUCGCCCGGUCGGCGGCGCCGGCCAUUUACCUUGAGAGAAUAACAAACUAA